AUGUUUUCUCCAAGCAAAAGAGCAUAGUUUACAGAUUAAAUGGCCUAUAAUAUGGAAAGAAUGGCUAACAAACCACAUAGAAAAAUGUUUAUUUAAGAGUCUGCAGAAACAAAUAAAAUUGGUGAUCCUCUCUUUCGAUUAGAUUAAUAGGAUUUGAAGUGGAAGGAUAAAAGAAAUUAGUUUUAGGCCAGAUAAGAAUCAUACAUCAGAUAAUUUUCUCCUUAGAAGCGCUCUAAAUCACAACUAUAAUAUGAUAACUAAUUAUCGGACUUCGUAUCUCCUAUUGAUAGAGAUUUUUAACGCAGUCAUAGAGAUAUACACCAUUUCCCUAAAAAGAAAAUAGUGAGGGAUAGACUUAAUGAGAGCUGUCAAAAUAUAUUUGCUCCCUCCUCUUCCCAAAACAUGAAAAAUAGUCUAAAUAACAAUAAUGGAAAAAAUAACAACUUGAACUUGAGUGUUCAAUUCUGGAACAAACCUAUGCGCAGUGCUUCUCAUCUACGUAAUCGCUCUAGCUCAAUAAUGGUAGAUUCUUUCUGCUAAGACAAAGAUAUUUCUCCUAGAGAAGAGUAUAACAGGACUAGCUAAUCUUAGAUGAGUAUAAACCCUAAUUACGCUCAGAGGUAUAAAAAUACAAAUAUUAUUUUAGGAGUAAGUGAUUCCUCACCUCAGCCAAAUGAAAGAGGUAUUAGAACUUAUCAUGACUAAUUCCCAGUAGAAACAAAUAUUUUGCAUUUGACUGGUAAAACAAGUGCUACAGGCUUUACCCAUAACAUUAGUUACUAAAUAGCAGACAGAUCUAGAGAAAAUUCUCAAACAAAUGCUCGCGUGUUUAAUGUCGGAAGUGAAAUAACUCCUAGCUUUCAUAAAAAAGGUAUUAAAACCUUUUUCCAAACUCCAUCAGAAGGAGCUAAAGGUCUUCCAAACCCAGUGACAGGAAAUAAUAUGAAAAAAGAGAAACCUAUUGGCAUUCGCAUAGUAAACACUUCUUCUAAAAAGUAAAACUUGUUUGACUCAAUUUACAAUUCUACAAAUGAGUUUUCACCAGAAAAAAACAUAGGAAUAAAGUGUAAAAUAAACACAAACUAAAAAAAGAGUAACCCAAUUGUUAUGUUUGAUCCUUCUGAUCCAAACCAACAACCAAUUUCAGCAAGACAUGGCAAAAAGACAUAUGCCUUUUAAAAAUCCCCUAGUCCAGUUAAGUACCUUCUACAGUAAUCUUAGCUUUAAGAAACUCCUAACAAAUGUAACAAUGAAACCCUCAAUAAUUCUGUGAAUCUGAAUAAUUCCAUUUUAGCAAAUAACUCAAUCAACAAUAUAAUAAGCAACUCAAAUAAUAAAAAUAAUAUUUCAAACAAUCCCAAUUAAAACCAAAAUUUAAAUCAAUCAAGUAUUAUUGCUCAUAAUUAGGAAGCUGAAACAAAUUAGAACGGAUAGGUCUAAAACCAAUAGUAAUAACAACGCAUACAUAAGAAAUUGGUUGAUGUCUACCCUAAAUCUAACCAGCCAUCUCAUUUUAAUUAUUUGGCCUAUUUAAAUUCUACUUCUUACUAAGAAAAAUACAAAGAGACUUAAGAAAAAAAUUCAAAAGGGUACUUUGGACAGCGUAACAAGAGUCCUAACAUGAAAGAAGUAAUGUAUUCAGUUUCCUCAGUAAAGGGUAGUACUUUACAAAUAACAAAUAAACUCAAUGUAAAUACUAAUAAUCCUAAUAAUCAAGUAAACUUAAAUAGCUCAGUUAUAUAACAAUAAAAAGAAGAAAACAACGAAUCUGUAAUUCUAACUAAUAGAAACCAGUCUAUCUAAUAGCAAGAAAAUAUAAGUGGCACUCCUGUUAGAAGAUCUUCAUAAAAAUCAACAUAAUAAUUAUCACAAUAAACCUAAAACCAGUCUCAACAAAUAUAGCAGAAUUAAAUGCAUUCAAACUCACAACAAAUGUCAUCAACUUAAAAAAAUCCUAAAAAAUAUUAUCCUGAAAAAACAAUGAGUGUGCAAUAAUCUUAAAACUUAAAUCUUUCUUAAGUUAAGCAAGCAGUUAAGAUGGGAGAAAUUUAAGGAGUUAAAAAAAUAUAUGAUUUUGAGAGCUUCAAAAACAAAUACAGAUGA